AUGGCUCGCACCAAGCAAACCGCCAGAAAAUCAACCGGAGGCAAGGCACCAAGGAAGCAGCUCGCGACAAAAGCCGCGAGAAAAUCAGCUCCCGCCACCGGAGGAGUGAAGAAGCCACACAGAUUCAGGCCAGGUACCGUCGCUCUCAGGGAGAUCAGGAAGUACCAGAAGAGCACGGAGCUUCUGAUCCGCAAACUGCCGUUCCAGAGGCUUGUUAGAGAGAUCGCUCAGGAUUUCAAGACGGAUCUUCGUUUCCAGAGCAGCGCUGUUGCAGCUCUCCAGGAAGCUGCGGAGGCUUACCUCGUUGGAUUGUUCGAGGAUACUAAUUUGUGUGCGAUCCACGCGAAGAGGGUGACGAUCAUGCCGAAGGAUAUACAGCUCGCUAGGAGGAUCAGAGGUGAAAGAGCUUAG